AUGGAGUCUCUACCGAGUCUCCCAAAUACUGGAAGGAGGACGUCUGCCGAUGACACUUCCAGCAUUAGAGCUAUUUCAGAACAACCCGCUGCGAACGCCCCAGACCAAAUCGAAUCCACCGAAGAUGAAGAGACUGAAACCGUUAUACUCAACAAGACUGCCCCGGCUGCAAGCCCAGCCGAACAGACAGUCACCCAAACCCCAUGCAACUCAGACCCCGUCGACAGCCAAGAUGAACCCCGCAAGUGCUGGAUUUGCUACACGGACGAGACCGAAGACUCGCCCCUCAACUCAGAGUGGCGAUCACCCUGCCCAUGCGCCUUGACGGCCCACGAGGCAUGCCUUCUCGACUGGCUCGCAGAUAUGGAAAACCCUAGCUCGCGCAAACGGACGGGGACUGGUGCGAAGAUGGUCUGCCCGCAAUGCAAAUCAGAGAUUGUGGUGACUCGGCCACGGAGCUACGUUGUCGAUGCCUUGCGCCUGAUGGAGCGGAUUGCGGGUCGACUGGUCCUUCCUGGCAUGGUGUUUACGGUUGCCGGAACAAUGUGGGCUGGAUGCUGCGCGCAUGGCAUUUACUCCAUGUACCUUGUGUUUGGCACAGAGGAGGCGAAGCAGAUUCUCGAGGACAGCGUCGAUGGCCCGUGGAACCCGGGGAUGAACCUCGGGCUACCCCUGAUUCCGCUCGUUCUGAUCUUCUCGCGCACUCGCUACGCCGAGGGUCUUUUGCCGGCAAUCCCGGUCUUGUUUUUCGCCGCGCACAGCCCAGGGCAUGAGCCAAACUUUGAUCUGUGGCCGCCCACUUCGGCAAUGACGUUUGCCGCUCUGCCAUACGUGAAGAGCUUCUACGGGGCAAUGUAUGACCGAAUCUUCGGUGGCCUGGAGAAGAAAUGGAUUGCUGAAGUUCAGCCCCGGGCGACGGAAGAGGUCAUGGACGAAGUACAGCAGCAAGAUCAGGCCGAGGGCCUGAAUCGGUUUGGUGACAACAUGAACGGUCAAAUAUUGAUGGAGAUUGACCUUGAACUGCAGGUAGGAAUGGGAGGCGACGACGAGCCACUAGAGGACCUACCAAUUCCAGCUCACGAUAAUCAAAAUGGCGCUGACCGUGAUGCCCAGGAUGGCCAGGCGCAAGGGCAGGAUGCUGGCCAAAAUAACGGAAUGGGCCUUGGACGUCGCCGGAACGAGAUUAUUGCAGACACCGGUAGUCUUGCCGACACUAUCCUGGGAGCACUGGUGUUCCCCGCCAUCUCUGCUUCGAUGGGCGGGUUGCUGAAAUAUGCCCUGCCCAAGGCGUGGACCACACCCUCCUCUGUGCUUGAGAAGAGCCGACCGAACCUGCUGCAGACUCGCUGGGGCCGCAGUGUUGUUGGUGGCUGCAUGUUUGUGCUCCUCAAGGAUGCACUUGUUCUCUACUGCCGCUGGAAGCUCGCACAAACACAUCGACGCCGCAAGGUGCAAAAUUAUGAUCGAAGCAAGAAGCAGCAUCACGGCAGGAGAAGGUGA